GUUCGUACCCUCUCCUCUGAUUUCUCAUGACUCCCUAGAACGGUGCUGCCUGGUGCUGACCUCUCAACGCACAAGGGGAUGCUCCGGCGGGCCAUCUCUGUGCAGGUGCCGAGCCACCUUCGCUUUGGCAGCUGCAGGCGCUUCGCGUCGGUUCCGACCAAGCCGACCGACAGUUCGCCUGAAGCGUGGCGUAUGGAUCGAGAAAAGUACAAGGAUUUGGACAGUUUCCCUGGUGGACGACAACCACCCAGAGAUUUCAGGAUGGGGCCCUAUGCCAGCAAGAUGGUGAAAGAUCCUGAGACCGGCAAGGUCUAUCCAAAGGGCACCUGGUUCGCGCACCCGCGCGAUGACCCCGUGACCUUUGUCGUCAAUUGCCUCAUUGCUUUGACCACCGUCUGGACCAUCAGCCAGCUCUCUUGGGGUGAAUCCUUCUUCGAGAAACGCAAGCGGGUGAUCCGAGAGAAGAUAAGGCAAGAAUAUGGCCUUCCCAAAGGCUGGGAGCAUGACAUCGAAGAUGAGGAGGAAUUGUCCCUCUCGGAGGCCGAGCCCACGAACGCCGCCGAGCCGGUGGCGCGCUGACAGAGGUGACGUCUCAGUGAUCGUGUUUGUACCGCGGACGUCGAAAGAAAGGAAUGAGCGGAGCAGCCGGUUCCACAGCAGAGACUGACCCAGUUGGCC